GGGCUCAUCUGGCACUGCCACUGCAGUCCUUGCGGCGACAGCAGUGGAGCCAGAUGCUUUGAAGAUCUCCAUUUGGAGAGGAACAUGGGGCAACCAGCUCACGAUUCAGUAGCAAAGCAGUUUUGCUGUCCUAAGAAAAUGGCGACCAGCUUCCUCGCUCUUGCCGUUUGUCUGCUGGGAUGUCUCCUCCACACCAAAUGUGCAGUUUUUAUUGAUCAGGGCAGAGCAAGCAGUGUUCUGCACCGAUACAGAAGGGAGAAUACCGGUGUAUUUGAAGAACUACGUCAAGGAAACCUUGAACGCGAGUGCAUAGAAGAGAUAUGUGAUUAUGAGGAAGCGAGGGAAGUCUUUGAAGACGACGAACGAACGCGGCUAUUUUGGGCACUAUAUAAAUAUGGAGACCCAUGCAUGAUAAAUCCCUGUAUUAAUGGAGGCAAGUGUCGCCAUCAAAUCGGUGACUACAAAUGUUGGUGUCCAGCUGGUUAUAAAGGAAAGAACUGCGAAUUAGACAGUAGCUGCUCAACGUACAAUGGAGGUUGCAAGCAGCUCUGUGAGAACGGCCCAACUGGGAAAGGAAUCUGCUCCUGUGUUACUGGAUACAGACUGAAGGAAGACCAGAAGACCUGCGAACCAACAGUGCCCUUUCCAUGUGGAAGGAUUACAGCUCCAGAAGUAGUGAAGAGUAAUCUCACCCGCUCGUUGGACAGGUGCUCCUCCCGCACUACCGGUGGCCUCAAAGAAAAAUCGGACAACGCCACCCAAGAUGGCCCCACGGCAUCAACUCUUAACAGGGAGUUCUUAAACAUGAACAGCUUGAAAGGGGAAAUCCCAUGGCAGGUGUAUAUGUAUAGCUUCGAGCGGAAAGGGUUCUGUGGAGGAGCGAUCCUCAACGAAAAGUGGGUCAUCACUGCAGCACACUGCCUUGAACAUGAACCACACACUGUCGUGGCAGGUGAACAUAAUACGGAGAAUUAUGAACACACUGAACAACUCCGUCGCAUUGUCCAGGCAAUUCCCCAUCCUGCCUACAACGCUAGCAAUAAGUACGUCGAUGACAUUGCUCUUGUUGAGCUCGAUUCGCCGUUGGUCAUGAACUCGUACGUCACCCCGAUUUGCAUCGCGGACAAAGCAUUCACGGACAACCUAGUGAAGGAUGAAUUAGGGACCGUGAGCGGUUGGUGGAGACUGAAGGAGCAAAGGAAAACAGCUAGCAUCCUCCAAGUUCUGAAAGUUUAUUAUGUUGAUCAGGCCCGUUGUCUAAGGGAGGCUGGAGACGCCAUCUUUCCAAACACGUUCUGUGCAGGCCGCCCUGCUGCGGCUGUGAAACCCCACCAAGAGCAAAGUGGAAGUCCGUAUACCACAAACAUUGAUGACACCAGCUUCCUAACAGGGAUAACUACCUGUGGUGAGGCGUGUACUGGAAAUGGGGAAUAUACCCUCUAUGCAAAUAUAGGAGACUACGUUCAGUGGAUAAAAAACACAACAGCGCUUCCAUAAUUAAGCCAGAGCCAAAAUAUUUUCCUAUAGCUUUCCCCAAGAUCCUCUGAUGGUGGGAAGUAGAGGGGAAUAUAAUUAGCCUAAUUUCUUUUCUGAAAUAGUUUGACAGAAUUAAGAGUAAUAAUAAUGAUUGAAUGCACACUUAAGAGCAGAAGAAGUGCCCUGAUGCUGGAUCAGACCAAGGGUCCAUCCAGUCCAGCACUCUUUUAGAAAGCCAUUUACACAGGGAUUAUUUGGAAGAUUAAGGAAAAUCAUAGAAUCAUAGAACAGUAGAGUUGGAAGGGGCCUAUAAUACCCAUCAGGUCCAACCCCCUGCUCAGUGCAGGAAUCCACCCUAAAGCAUCCCUGACAGAGGGUUGUCCAGCUGCCUCUUGAACGCCUCUAGUGUGGGAGACCCCACAACCUCCCUAGGUAACUGAUUCCACUGUCGUACUGCUCUAACAGUGAGGAAGUUUUUCCUGAUGUCCAGCCGGAAUCUGGCUUCCUUUAACUUGAGCCCGUUAUUCCGUGUCCUGCACUCUGGGAGGAUUGAGCAGAGAUCCUGGCCCUCCUCUGUGUGACAACCUUUUAAGUAUUUGAAGAGUGCUAUCAUGUCUCCCCUCAGCCUUCUCUUCUCCAGGCUAAAUAUGCCCAGUUAAGAGGUAGUACAGCUCAUUGGGUAGAGCAGUUGGCUUCCAAUGCCAGGAUCCACAUUUAGCGCCUUCACUGUGAGGCUUUCAAUGAGACACUUCAGCUUUAGUUCCCGAACAAUUAAAGAAGUACCUACCUCACCAGGUUGUUGAGAAGGUUAAACACAGGAUUGUAAUGUACGUUGGAAAAUCAGGAUGACAUUUCAUUAAAACGGCAAAUUGGCAGAAAGUGCAUUUCUGUAUAAUGAUGUAUAAUGAAACCACAAAUAAAUUACAACAUGAAAAAAGAA